AUGACCCUCAAGUACAAUAAUAUUCAGCCAGUAAAAUUCGCAUAUUACGAGAGCUUCAUGAACAAAUAUGCGUAUGUGGUCGGUUGGAAAAAAAAUAACACGGCUAGCGAAAUUAUGUGGGAUACAAUGAAACUUAAGUACGCCACGUUGCCGAUUAUAGAAAAUAAUAUAUGCAGGCAAUACUGGCCCAUCAACGACAAUCACAUUUGCACUGCCGCAGAAUUUGGAAAAUUCGCUUGUCCCAAGAAAAACAGCAGUGAUCCUCUCAUCGUAAGAAAAAAUGGCCAGGACUUUCAAAUAGGUAUUAUGACUUACGGAGACCAAUCUUGUCCUGACAACUUACCUGGAGUGUAUAUUAAGGUUUCUGCAUAUAUAGAAUGGAUUCGCGAAGUUAUGAAGCGACAGAGUUGGGAAGUAACUCGUUACAAAAAGCUCUAA